AUGGUCAAAAUACCGCCCUUCGAUGUCGAGCAAUGGAUGGACAAAUACGAGACCACCCCGGGUGUUCUCAACGUAGCCGAGACGUGCUGCUCGUCCAUCUCCAUCGACCAACUCGUGCAGUUUAACAGGCACACGGAUGCACCUCCACCCCUGGACCUGUCUACAAGGCUUGGCUACGGUGCCAUUAGAGGAUCAGAUAAGUUGCGCCAAAACAUAGCCAGCCUGUAUGAAGGCGAUGGGGGUUCAACUUCACUGGACGUGGAGUCCGUCAUUGUGACUCCAGGUGCUAUCUCGGCAAACUACUUGGUGUUCUACAGUCUGGUUGGACCGGGCGAUCACGUCAUAUGCGUGUUUCCUACUUAUCAGCAGCUGUAUGCUGUGCCUGGGAGUUUGGGUGCGGAAAUUUCGUUAUGGAAACUCCAGGCAGAUAAUGGAUACGCGCCUGAUGUGAACGCACUCGAGGGAAUGAUAAAGAGUAAUACGAAGAUGAUCGUUAUCAACAACCCCAACAAUCCAACAGGUGCCACCAUCCACAAAGACAUCCUCACCAAAACCGUGGACAUUGCCCGAAAGCAUAACAUCAUCCUCUUCUCCGACGAAGUCUAUAGACCCCUAUUCCACAACCUCCCACCUGCUCAAGUCCCCCCAUCCAUCCUCUCCCUGGGAUACGACAAAAGCAUCGUAACUUCCUCCAUGUCUAAGGCCUGGGCCCUAGCCGGCGUCCGCCUAGGCUGGAUCGCGUCCCGCGACCCUUCCAUCAUCGAGCAAGUCGCUGUGGCGCGGGAUUACACCACGAUCAGCGUCUCGCAGCUCGACGACCAAGUCUCCCGUUACGCGCUCAGCGCGGACGUGCGACCACAGCUUAUAGCGCGGAACCUGGCGCUCGCGAGGACGAACUUGGCUUUGUUGGAAGAAUUUGUGAGGGAGCAUCCGGGCACGGUGGAGUGGGUCAAGCCGACGGCGGGGACGACGGCUUUUGUGCGGUUUCUCGGGAAGCGUGGGAGUCCGGUGGAUGAUGUGGCGUUUUGUAUGGAUGUGUUGGAGAGGACUAAGGUUAUGUUCUUGCCGGGCUCGAAGUGCUUUGGCCACGGGAAGGGGUUUGAGGGGUUUGUGAGGAUUGGGUAUGUGAAUGAGACGGAGGUGGUUAGGGAGGCGUUGGGGAGGUUGAGGGGGUAUGUGGCGGAGUAUUUAGUUUGA